CCUCUGCCUGCCUGUUGAUCACAGGAGUUCCCUGAAUGCUUGCUAUGGCUCCAAACCUUGCAAUGUCUGAAUCUGUGCAGACCUACCAACCCAAGCCUGGGAAGAAGAACAGCGAAGCCAGUGAGCUUAGAAAGACUAUGAAACCUCUGAUGGAGAAGCGCAGGAGAGCUCGAAUCAAUGAAAGUCUCAACCAGCUGAAGACACUGAUUCUGCCUCUGAUUGGGAAAGAUAAUUCCAGGUAUUCUAAACUAGAGAAGGCUGAUAUACUCGAGAUGACUGUGAGGUUCCUGAAAGACUUCAGUCCAGCCCAAGCACAAAAUUCUGCAGACAAAUACAAAGAAGGAUACAAAGCUUGUAUUGAGAGACUCGGCGAUAUCCUCACUAAAUCCAGUAUGAUGAGCAGUGAAACCAGUAACCGUCUUCUGGAUCAUCUCCAGCGAAUUCCAGAAACCUGUUGCCAAGAUUGUCACAAAUCCCCCAGUCCCAAGCAGAACAGUCCCAGGAUUGUGUUACACAUCAGUCCCAGGAGAUCUGAGACUGUAUCCUCUCUUCGGAAUCAGCCACCACAUCAAAGACCUCGUCCCAACCCACCACAGCCCAGUACCCCCAUCUGGAGACCAUGGUGAUGGCCACCUAUGACUUCUUACCCCUACAUGGACUUCUAAGCUAGAAUGAUUAUCUUGCGCAGUGCUCAUUGUCUACAAAGUAUAUUUUGUAAAUAUGUCUUUCAAGUUGUUUCCACUAGGGUGAGCACUCCAGCACUGAAACUGUUAAAGGGCAGCUCACUCCACAACCCAUGCAAAUUUAACUCUUUCAGUGCUGGGAUGUUGACUUUGGAAACCAUUGUAACUUAUGCAUGUCCACCUGUUGCCUGAUAUCAAAUUGUUUAUCCAAGCAAUAUAGGGUGGACCAUUUUAGUCCUGAUUGUGGAUUAAAAAUAUUUAGGGUGUAAUUAUAAACCCUGUUAAACCCAAAGGGUUUAUAUUCAGUAUGCGAUUUGCAUUAAUUAUUUUAACCUCUUGGUUGCCAGCAACAGAACAAAGACCUGACCAGUUAUCCUGGUAAUAAAGGGGUUAAAAGGACAGGGCCAUGUGCAAUAUAUUUUUUUUUGUAAAUAAACAUGUAUUUACGGCACUUUCCUGAUGUUAAAGAU